CCAUUUGAGGUUUGAUAGUGGUGAGAGAGGUAGUGUACGUUGUGUAACUGUCCAUACCCAUGUGGCAUGUGACUUGGUGAACAGGAUAAUCAGUACACCGUAGACCAGUAGAAGCACGAAUCAGCAUGUCUAUUACAGGUAGUAGUAAUGGACGCCGACCAGAAGAUGGCGUUCCAGAUAUGACUGUGAUAAGUGAUAUUGAUGAAAACGGUAUCAACACAAAUUUAAAAGUGAGAUAUGACAAGGAUAAAAUAUAUACAUACACUGGCACAAUCCUUGUUGCAGUAAAUCCAUACAAAGAACUGGAUAUUUAUGACUUGGACUGGGUGUUCAACUAUAACGGUCAGAAGAUUGGACACCAAGAGCCCCAUGUGUUUGCUAUAUCAGAAGCAGCCUACUCUAGUUUACAGAAUAAAAACAUAAACCAAUCUUGCGUGAUCAGCGGAGAGAGUGGUGCAGGAAAGGUAGAUAAAAACACUAUUUUUUUACUAGUUGGAACUUCGAAAGGUUCCGUUACAAACAUAUUAACACAAAUUCGUACAGUAAAGUUAAAGGAAAAAUAUGGUAAAAUAUUAGUAUCGUCACAUUAA